AUGCCCGACGAAAAGAAACUUCCUUGGGGAAUAAACUCCCCUAAACCUGGCUCUGCGAAGACCCUUACAAAAACAAAGUUACAGGCCUUCAGCAUUGGAACUCAUAAAAAAACCCCUUUCCAAAAACAUAAAGAAGAACUAGAAUUAAAGAAAAAACAAGAGUCAGAGGAAGCAGCGAAAGUUUACGCUGAAUUUGUAGCAUCAUUUGAAAAGGAAGAUGGUGCAGGAAAAACAUUUGUUAAAGGCGAAACAAUUGUACCGAAACUUUUGUUUGAUCAUGAAGCGAUAAAUACUAAAAAGGAAGUACAGCCCUCUACACCUCCCAAAAUUUAUAAACCACAACUUUUUGUUCCCGCUUCUAAGCCCAUCCAACAAGAAGUGGAAGUGGAUAACGUGGAUCAAAUUGACGAAAAUGAUGAGGAGGAAGAAAAAAGGGAGGAAAAGUCAAAAAGAAAACGCAAUCUUGAUGCAUUUUUGGAAGAAAUUAAAAGAGAACAAGAAGAAAGAGAAGAUCGCCUUAGACAAAAACAUGCAAAAUUAGCGGGGGCAGGCGUAUCAUCAGAAACUGGUGUUAGUGACGAAUUCGUACCUACAUCUCUCACUGUUAAAGCAGCUUUCGAGGAUCGCCCCGGUUCGCAUGACACUGGAGAUCCCAACACAACAAAUUUAUAUGUUGGGAAUAUAAGUCCAGAAGUUAAUGAAGAGAUGCUAUGUAAAGAGUUCGCAAAGUAUGGACCUAUCGCUAGCGUCAAAAUUAUGUGGCCACGUACUCAAGAAGAAAAGGAUAGAAAUCGUAAUUGUGGUUUUGUUAGUUUUAUGGAUCGAGAAUGUGCAGCUUUGGCUUUGAAAAAUAUGGAUGGAAAAGAAUUGCUUGGUUACGUUAUGCGAGUUGGAUGGGGCAAAGCUGUUCCAAUUCCACCUCAACCAAUAUAUGUUUUGAACGAAAGUGGUAGACCACCACCGAGUGGACUUCCCUUUAAUGCACAAAUGGUUCAUUCAAGUAGUCCUCGCCUUGAAGUUCAAGUUAUGCGUCCCGAAGAUCAACAAAUGAUAAGAAUAAUACAUCGUAUGGUAGAACGAGUUGUUAAAUACGGGCCACCAUUUGAGGCAAUAAUAAUGGAUCGUGAAUGGAAUAAUCCGAAAUUUACUUUCCUUUUCCAGAAUGAUUCUCUUGAACACAUAUAUUACCGAUGGAGGUUAUAUUCAGUUCUUCAAGGUGACCCAAAGAAUAAGUGGCGCGUUGAAGCUUUUCACAUGUUUGAUGAAGGACCAAUAUGGGUCCCUCCGGAGAUACCAUUUGAUGAAGAUGAAGUAGAUGAACUAUUAGACUCUGAUGAAGAAGAUGAACGUGAAAGGGAACGUGUACCAAAAGGUUCAUUAGGUCCCAAAGCAAAACAUAGAUUAGAAGUAAUGUUACGAAAACUAACAUUUGAACGAAGUGUUAUUGCGAAAACCAUGACAUUUGCUAUUGAUCAUUCGGAUGCAGCUGAUGAGAUAGUGGAUAUAAUUUGCAAAGCACUCAUAAUCAAGGAGACACCUAUAGUAACCAAAGUUUCAAGAUUAUAUCUAGUAUCUGAUAUUUUACACAAUAGUAGUGUGUCUAUUCCCAAUGCAUGGAAAUUUAGGACUGGUUUUGAGAGUAAAUUACCUGAAAUAUUCGAACAUUUGAAUGAGGUUUAUAGGUCUAUUACAGCAAGAUUGAAAGCAGAGACAUUUAGGGAUAAUUCAAAGGAUUCUUCUCCAUCAUCAACAACAACAACAAUGAAACGUGCACGAUUUGCAGUAGAUUUAGAAAUGGAACAAGAAAUGAAUAUCACAGGAAUUGAACAAUUUAACCAUAAUUUCAGCGAAAAUAGAAAAGCUAAAGGCGAAAAUGAAGUUGAAGAUAUUUUCGCAUAG